AUGGUGGUCAAAGCCUUGAAACAAUCAUCUAUUGCCAGAAAUGGUGUGGGAGCGUACCUCUUCCCGUGCAAAAAAAUAGUGCUCCAGUAUUGUAAUUGGGGUGGUUCUUCCCAAGGAAUGCGUGAUUUUUUAUCGAGUAAGAGACUGGAUCUAUUAGCUCAGAAAUAUCGUGAAGUAGAGUUCAACGUUUUGAAACAAUCCGGCCACCCACUGCUCAGAGCGUAUUACACCAAUGGUAGAGAGAAAGUCAUUUGCGUAAGAAAUUUGAACAUUGAUAAUGUGGAAAAUAAACUUAAAUUGUUGAAAGACUCUUCGGGAGAAAUUUUGCAUCACCGGGCCGCCAAUGACUACGUGGAAUCGUUAAAUUCCAGUGUGAGAGGUGUAUGGUCACCAAUGCAUCAAGAUGCAUCGACCAGAUACAAGGUAUGA